UUUUAACCGUUCUACAUAAAAAAAAGUAACAACAACAAGAAAAAAAAUUAUUUUUAAAUUCGCUGUUUAUAUUUCAAUAAUAAAACAUUUUUAUAUUGAAAAAGAUACUUUAUAACAUUUAACGUACCUACUUUUUUUUUGCUCACUUCUUAUAAAUAUUUGUACAAUUAUUUUGUUAUUAUAACAUGCGUGCAGUACAAUAAUAAAAAGUUACUCGGAAAGCACACGCCCAAUCUGAAUGAACAUAAAUUUUUUUACAAUGUGUAACGAGACAUUUUAAUGAUAUCAACAAAACACUCGAAGAAGAACUCUAUAUGCGGAAAUUCGCAUUCAUAAAAUAGUAGCAGAAAAAAGUGAUGUGUUGUAAAUUGACGUAAUGAAUGAACUGUUAAUAUAAAAAGGAGGGGUAAAAAUGUUGAAAAAAGAACAAGUUGUCGUAAAAUAAAAUAAAAAAAAGUGAAAAAAUGACUUUGAAAAUGAAAUUAGUCGGAAACGAAAACAGUUUUGAAUACAAUUUGGAUUAACCGUAAAUUAUUUUAGGAGGAAAUGCCAGCAUUGCGCCUUUUCGGCAGGAAAUGGUUAGCUGCAUCAGAUGACUUAGUGUUUCCGUGCCUGUUUGAAUUUUUCAUCCGCAUCCUAUGGCUGUCGCUCCUGCUAUGCGGUUCCCGGACAUACUGGCGAAUUACAAAUGACUGUGAAAAGGAUGGUUUAUCCAUACGAAUUUACGUAGUUAGUACGAUAGCUUUAAUUUGUAUAAACUUAGUAUUAUGUUUGUUGUUAGUCAAUCGGAGUGCCCAAGGUAGCAUUACCGAAACAAGUAAGCGACGACAUGUCGGACCACUUUUAGUGAUAAAAAUAAUUUUAAUUUUACCCGAAACCGGCCUCAAUGUUUUUGGUACCAUUUGGGCAUUUUGUGGUACAAUCACGUGUCCAAACGAUGAACCCAUUACACAGACACUAAUUGAAGCUAUUUCGCUCUUCAAUUGGGUCGUUUUCGCACUUAUUGUGUUCGGGCUCGCGAUAGUCUUUGAUCCGCUUGGCUCGACGAGUAUCAAAAAAGAGCGCGACGGCAACGAGAAUGGCCCCACAGAGUCAACGCUCCAUCGAAAACUCUCGAAAUUGUGGUUCAAACGCUUCCGAUGGGUCUUUUGUUGUCUGCGCAAGGACGAGUUCGGGCACGAGGCCUUUUCUCAAGUUGCCAGUUUACUGAGUGCCUUAUUCCGUGGCACGGAUCUCGUGCCGUCUGACAUGAUGGCGGGCUGUAUCUUGCUACGGGUGCGACAAAAGCGCGAAACGCGUGAAAUGCGUCGCAUUCGGAUGCUGCAAGAUGACGGACCGCGAUAUUCGACAGAUAUUACGAGGGUAUUUGCGACGGCGCCGCAAUGGAUGACGAUUAAAAAUGCACGACAUUUUUUGAGGAUGGCUCUGGCGUCGUAUGGAUGGCCGAUGGUGUGUUAUUUGCACUGUUGCACGGGUCCCUUUAAUCUCAUCAAGCGAUCGACAUGCUGUGCAUGUUUCAGAUCGGAAUCACAAAUGGUCAUUGACGAUAAUUGUUGCAUGUGUCAUGUGGCCGGUGUGAAGUACACUUCCCGCUUGCGAGAUGAAGACGUUUUGUUCGCAUCAUUUAAAAAUCAUGUAUUCGAGUUACCGUUCUGCGUAUUAGCGGAUCACACAACAAAAAGCAUUGUGAUAUCUAUCAGAGGCAGUUUAUCAUUCCGUGAUAUUUUUACCGACUUGACUGCAAACUCGGAAAAAUUCGAUGUGCCUGGCGUGCCACCGGACUCGUCGGCGCACAAGGGCAUGCUGGCAGCUGCGAACGAGAUCAACAAGCGGCUCAAGGAGGGAAAUCUCUUGGAUCGCGCCAUGAACACGUAUCCCGAAUACAAUUUGACACUGACGGGGCACAGUUUGGGUGCGGGCGUCGCCAUUAUUUUGGGUGCUAUUUUGAGACCGCGGUUUCCGGAGUUGCGAGUUUUUGCGUAUGCGACGCCAGCGGGACUUGUGAGUCGUGAGGCGGCGCGUUACACGGAAACGUAUGCGUUUACUGUGGGGAUUGGCGAUGAUUUUGUCAUGCGAUUGGGCGUGGAGUCUACGGAGAAUCUCAGAACGAGCAUCAUUGAGACGAUACGGGCUUGCAAGUUACCAAAAUACCGAAUCAUGUUAAACGGCCUUGGAUACAUGCUAUUUGGCGUUCCAUCGCGAGACCUGGAAACCACUUGGUACGAUGUCACACAAAUUAGCGUUCAACCCAAUAAAGGACAGAGUCCGCUGUUAAAUGAACGAGCAAUUGCCACAAUUUCCAAUGAAAAUCCACUUUUAUCACGUGAAAUCGGUGCUCGAAGAUUCGCCAAAACGCGUCUUUACACCGGAGGUCGAAUCCUGCAUAUUGUCCGUCGAAAGAAAACCGAGCUAGAAAAAAAAACCAAUACCGGAGGUCCCACUUAUGAAAUGCGAUGGGCAACACCCGAAGACUUCACGGAGCUAAAAGUGAUGCCCCGCAUGUUGCUUGACCACUUGCCACAAAAUGUCUUCAGAGCUCUCACCACCAUUAUUGACGAGCAAAAGGCCCCAACGCAAAAUGGCUCAGCCCGAUCUGUACAGAAUCUCUAAAUAUUUAAACUUUUGCUCAACUGCAGACUUUACCUACUCAGUUUUCCGACUUCUUAACAACAGUUAUUAAUUAUUUUUUAUCAGAAUUUUAUUUUAUUUAUCAAUCAUCACCGAAAUUUCUUGUAAAUAUAUGAAAAGUGUAUGUAUAGCUAAAAAAAAAGUGAUAAGGGAUCACUUUUUGUUGUAAAUUAUGUUAAAAUUUAAGGGAACGUCUGGUUGUUUAUAAAAAAAAAAUUGUAAAGAACCCAAAAACAAUGUAAAGG